AUGAGCGCAACACAGAAGUCACCAACAUCUACUCUCCAGCCAAUCAAAGAUACGCGUGUCCGCCGCUGGCUAACCCUCUUAGCGCUACAGACAACAGGCAGGCUAUACAAAAGGAGUGGAACAUGCAUCCCCAUCUCCAGGCACAAGAUUGUCAAGAUUCAAAGACAGGAAGAUGGAGAAUCUUCGCAUCUCGCUGAAGCCACCACGAUGCAAUUCGUCUCCGCCAAAACUUCACUACCAGUCCCCAAAGUUUAUUGCACCUUUGAGCGCAAAGGUCGAGGAUACAUAGUCAUGGAGAGAAUACGAGGCCAGAUGUUGAGCGUCGUCCUACCUUCGCUUUCCGAGGCUUCCAAAGACUCUCUAUUCUCACAACUGCGUACGGCAAUGGAUGAGCUCCGCGCACUCGAGCCGCCGAGCAUGGCUAUGCAGAGCUGCGUCGGCGCUUCGCUUUUGGAUUUCAGAAUCGCUCAUACGCGCGGCAAGCGUUUUGGGCCCUUCGAUUCCAUACCCGAGUUUCAUCGAUGGCUUCGUCGAUGGUGUCAGCCGCCACUGGCUAAUAUUCACUGGUCUGACGAAGAGAAGCUGGCAAUCGAAAAGAUGAUCAAGCGUCAGGAUCGAGCAUCGUGGCCGCCUCCGGUCUUCACUCACGCAGACUUGCACUCCUGCAACAUUAUUGUGCAAAACGAAAAGCUUGUUGGGAUCAUCGACUGGGAAUUCUCGGGAUGGUAUCCAAGCUAUUGGGAGUAUACGUCGGCCUGGUGUACGGCUGUAGUUGCGAGGAAUUGGAGGAAACACUUGGAGCAUUUUCUGGACCCCUGGCCGGAGGAGUUGGAGAUGGAGAUUACGAGAAAUGACUACUGGGGACAGAUCUAA